CGGCAGUUCAGCGCGAUGCUCCAGCCGGGCGUCAACAAGUUCUCGCUGCGGAUGUUCGGCUCGCAGAAGGCGGUGGAGAGGGAGCAGGAGCGGGUCAAGUCCGCCGGCGCCUGGAUCAUCCACCCCUACAGCGACUUCAGGUUCUACUGGGACUUCACCAUGCUGCUUUUCAUGGUGGGCAACCUGAUCAUCAUUCCUGUUGGCAUCACCUUCUUCAAAGAGGAGACCACGGCGCCCUGGAUCGUCUUCAACGUGGUGUCGGACACCUUCUUCCUGAUGGACCUGGUGAUGAACUUCCGGACAGGCAUCGUCAUUGAGGACAAUACGGAGAUCAUCCUGGAUCCCGAGCGGAUCAAGAAGAAGUACCUGAAGACCUGGUUUGUGGUGGACUUUAUCUCCUCUAUUCCGGUGGAUUAUAUCUUCCUCAUUGUGGAGAAGGGCAUGGAUUCUGAGAUGUACAAGACCGCUCGCGCCUUGCGCAUCGUCCGCUUCACCAAAAUUUUGAGCCUCCUGCGGCUUCUACGCCUCUCCCGUCUAAUCCGGUACAUUCACCAAUGGGAAGAGAUAUUCCACAUGACGUAUGACCUGGCUAGCGCUGUGAUGCGAAUCAUCAACCUCAUCGGGAUGAUGCUCCUUCUUUGCCACUGGGAUGGCUGCCUCCAGUUCCUCGUUCCGAUGCUGCAGGAUUUCCCUACUGACUGCUGGGUCUACAUCAAUGGCAUGGUGUACAAACAAGUGGAACAGUAUAUGUCCUUCCACAAACUCCCAGCUGACUUCCGGCAAAAGAUCCAUGACUACUAUGAACAUCGCUACCAGGGCAAAAUGUUUGAUGAAGACAGCAUCCUCGGGGAGUUGAACGAACCCCUGCGAGAGGAGAUUGUCAACUUCAACUGUCGCAAACUGGUGGCCUCCAUGCCACUUUUCGCCAACGCCGACCCCAAUUUUGUCACGGCCAUGCUCACCAAACUGAGAUUUGAAGUCUUUCAACCAGGGGACUACAUCAUCAGAGAAGGCACCAUCGGGAAAAAGAUGUACUUCAUCCAACAUGGAGUUGUCAGUGUCCUCACAAAAGGCAAUAAAGAGAUGAAGCUUUCAGAUGGUUCCUACUUUGGAGAGAUUUGCCUCCUGACCAGAGGGCGUCGAACUGCGAGUGUGCGGGCGGAUACUUAUUGCCGCUUGUAUUCCCUCUCGGUGGACAAUUUUAAUGAGGUCUUAGAGGAAUACCCCAUGAUGAGGAGAGCUUUUGAAACCGUGGCUCUGGACCGGCUGGAUCGCAUUGGGAAGAAGAACUCCAUCCUCCUGCACAAGGUGCAGCACGACCUCAAUUCAGGCGUUUUCAACAACCAGGAGAACGAGAUCAUCCAAGAGAUCGUCAAGUAUGACCGGGAGAUGGUUCAACAGGCCGAGUUCCAACAGCACACCGCCAUGUAUACCCCAACUCAGCCCCAGGUCACCUCAGCGAUCGCCACCCUCCAGCAGGCCGUGGCGAUGAGCUUCUGCCCUCAGAUGGGCAACCCGCUGGUCGGCCCAAUCAGCCUCGGGUCCCCACGGAUGGUCCGACGUCUGCAGUACCAAGGAGGCCUUCCCGGGGCCUUCGCCAUCUCGCCGGCCUUGCUUCAACAGCAUCACCAACAGCAGCAGCUGAACCUACAGCAGCAGCAGCAGCAGCAGCAACAACUGGGUGGCUCGACGUUCCAGAACAUGCCGCGGCCCCCACAGCCGAAUGCCCCACUCCAACAGCAGCCCCCACCCCCCCAGCCUCCGAUGGCUGCUUCAGCCGGCCCUUUCCCCUCCGUAGUGUCCAGUCCCUCUUCCCAAAGCCCUCACGCCAGCCGGACGUUCCCGUACGGGGGUGCCAAGGGUCAGUCGGGAUCCCAGCUCUCGCUAACUCAGCAGAAGCCGCCCGGUUCUCCACAGCGGCUGGCAGCUCACAAGAGCACCCAGGCUCUCCACACAAGCAGUCUCAGCCAGGAGACGCGGCCUCUUUCGGCCUCCCAACCUUCCCUCCCCCACGGCGCUCCUCAAACGCCCAGCCAGAGCCCGCCCUCUUCGGCUCACGAGUCCAAUGCUUCGAUCGCCGCGGGGCAGGGGGCCUCGCCGUCGUCGCCCGCCACUUCGAGCCGGAAUGCCGGUAGCACCCCGCCAGCCGCAUCGCGGCCGGCGGCCCGGAGCCCCCACCAGAUGACCAUGGCUGCCGCGUACCCUGGGACAGCUGCCUCAGGCAUUCAGCAGGACCCGGGCGGUGCCCGCAAGGAUUCCAUCAUUAGCGCCCCUGAUACGGACUCAACUGUUGAAGCAUCCACAUGGGCCUGUGUCAUGGGCCUGUCGGAGCCUGAAUCCACAGAGGAGGAGGAGCGGGAGCUGGGGCUGACGGAGGUUGAGGGGUUGGCCUCGAUGGCUUUGGAGGAACGCGGGAAGGAGCAGGACGAGGGACCCCCUCAGGCACGGGACAGCCUGCCAGCACGGAAGAAUGAGGGUUCAGCUUCCAGUCUCGGCCAUCCACAAUCAGUGAUGGACAAAGUUACCGGGGUAAACGACGCCUUGUUACAACAGGUGUAA